UAUAUAUGUACGUGUUUGGGCGACUAAGUACGAGAACGACGAAGAUGAUCAAGAAUUGGAGGGGAUCGUUCUGUUCAUACUGCUUCGUGUUAUUAUUGCUUUCUUUACUUGCCGGAGGUCAAAGUCUGCCACCGGAAACCAAGAACAACUGCACCUACGCAGUCACCAUAGAGACAACUUGCACAAAGGGAGCCGAAACCUCAAACCAUGUGAGCCUAAGAUUUGGUGACACAAAUUCAAAUGACAUACUGGUCCGGCACGUCAACUCCAAGCACGUAAGGAGGGUUGAUCCAUUGGAGCCUGAUGUCCUCGACGACGUGCCCAGAAAGCCAUUUCAAGCAUGCGUGGUAGACGAAUUUGAAGUUAAGGGUCAAUGCGUAAAAUCCCCCAUUUGCUACCUAUACCUGAAACUCACCGGAGCCGAUGAUUGGCGACCGGGUUUUGCACAGGUUAGGGUGCUAGAGGGCUCUCAUCUCAGCUCGGAUUAUUUCUAUUUUCGUGUAUACUUGCCUAGGAAUGCAUGGCAUGGUUUUGAUGUGUGCGAUAAGAAGGUCACUCCUUUUGGGAUCAAGCACAACAGGAAGGUCUUUGUUAAGAAGCCAUAUCAAGUUCCAUAUUAACGAUUCAACCUAGAGCUAUUGGCCGGGAACAUUGUUUCUAGCUAGAUAUAUAAUGCCUAUAGAUUUGUAUUUGAAGUACGUCUUCGGUCUUCUUUCUGUUUGGACCUUGAUUAUUAACAAUAUCUAAUUUAUA